GUGGAGACGGCGGCUGCGGAAGGCCAGAAAACCCCAGUGCGGCCAAGAGGUGGCUCUAUGGCCCUCCCGGGGCUUUGUCAAGCUGCACGGUCUGCAGCGGCGGGAAGCGGCCCAGAGGCUGUCUCCCAGGGUCGGGCUUUACGGUUACACGGUGCAUCUGAAUGGUGCUGGGGGGGCUUUGCUGUCAGGGAACAGAUCCACCGCAGCUGCAGCUCCGAGGUGGGCAGUCCGUGCCGCCUCUUUCAGCAUGGAGCUGUCCACUGCCCCACGUGUCCCCGCAGCCGCCACGUGAAACCCAAGGGAGCGGGGCCGGGCCCUCGUGCCUCGGGGUCACUGCAAAGGAGCGGGCAUUUGCAGCACAGCCGGUGCGCCAAGAUGUCCAUCAACCCCCCGCGGUGAUGGUGGCAGCGGCCUGCGAGCCCUGGUGCAGGAAGACCGCGAGCGCUGGCUGGACACCCCUUCUCGUUCCCUGUGACUCCGGGUGGAAAAGAGGCUCAGGAUCCAAGCCAGGGCCUGGUGGCAAAGCCGAGGCACAUACUGCCAGGUCCCUCGUCCGACCCAUUGCACAACUUCCUCAGCCCCCAUCCACCGGCAAGCGUGAGCUUGGAGCAGGCCUUGGCCCGCAGACACCACAGGGAAAGGUGCCCGGCCCAGUGCAGAUCCCCAGUCGCUUGCCUUGGCACGGCCAUGCAGUUGAGUCCCAACUCAUAAGAACACGAUCGCCGCGCCCUGGGUGAGACCCGGUCGUCCUGCCCAGUCUCAGGGUGGGGAGUGAGUGCUGAUGGGGGCGGUUGGUUUUCCCCCUGUUCCUCUCCCACCUGCAGCCUCCAGCUUUUCAGGUCUGGAAACCUCCGACCCAGAAGCUGUGCCCCUCGCUCUUGUGCUCCAUAGUGACUGAUGCCCCUCUUCUCCAAGGAUGUGUCCAAACCCUUUGCAAACCUGGCUGAACUCGCAGCUUUCACCACAUCCGGUGACAAGGAGUUCUGUCCUUCAAUUGCACGCGGCAUGAAAGACAACUUCCUGUUGUGAGUUUUAAAAGUCCUAUCCAGUGCUAUUAUUUUGUGACCCCUGGUCCAAUUACUUUUCCAUGCUUUACAAUCACUUAACAAAGCAACAGCAUGCCGAGUUUAGGCCCUGACGAAGCUACAUUUCAUGGUAAAUUUAAAAUUGAGCUUCUUUUGAAUGCUAGAGUCAUGGCUGCUUCAUUUUCUCCAAGUUGGUGGCUCUCAACCAUCUCAGACUUGAAGCUCCUUCAAUAGACUCCAGGCUGCCCUCAAAAAGUGGUAGCCCUUAAUUUGCAGGUUUUUUGAAUGUAGAAAAUAACAGAGCAAAUUUUCUGGUGCAAAGACAUAAGAAAGAUGCAACAGGCCAGACUGUUCUUAGCACUAUGAAUCCUGAUGAAAAAGCUCGGGGUUUACUUUGCCAAUCACAUUCGCCACCUAAUAGCACGAGUGUUGUGUGGCACUUUGACUCACCCCUGAGAGGAUCUCACAGCACCCUGGUGGGGAAUCACUGCUCUAAGUUCCUAGUCCAGCAGAUGGAGAUGGUCCUGUUACCUAUGACCAGAACUAGCCCUGUCCAUUGACAGUGAGGCUUCUGAUGGGUCAUCUACUGCACUGGGUAGUCAUCGAGAAAUCAAACAGAAGGAGGGCUGGAAGAGACCUCCAGAGGUCACGUCUUAUUCAGCCCCCUGCCUGAGGCAGGAUCAUCCCUGUUCAAACCAUCCCUGACAAAUCCACAGUCUAAACCUUCACCAGCUUUUGCACUCUUACUCUUUUGACCUCCUUCUACAGUGACAUCUCCAAUAUCUUGUGGAUUAAACAGCUUACAAUGCAUUCAAUCUUUCCCCAAAUAAAACCUGUUAGAACAUGUGAUGCCUUCCAUUUAGGGUAGAUUCUUGCUGAUGCCUCCCUCUUUUACACACUGGGUUAGCACAUCAUGCCACAUAAUCAUUGAACACACAAUACAGUCAUGCGUUUCCAGCCAGCAUGUUGCAUAAGAAUUGGUUAGUACCCUCUUUCUGAGCCUAGCACUGACCUACGAAGCACCCAUCUGAUGGGAGCCACUGGAUACAUCACCUGUUCUUUACCUGUUCAAGGCAUUGGAGUGGAGCAUUUGCAACCCAGCAGGGCCCACAGGUCUGGCUCCAUUAUCCCCCAGUCUUGGUGUCUCACGGCAAAAUCCGAAACCUAGGCUGGGAUCUGUUGAUUCAACCCUCUUAGACACUUUCCUAGCAUCAAUAUUCAAAGCGCUUGGACCUUGCAUGGAUACUACUACCCACAAGACUUGUCCCAGAUGGUAUGAAUUCACAGGUCCAUGUUUUCACUUUCUUCUCUAAAGUGGUUUCUAGUCCAGUCGUCAUUUUUACUGUUACUUGGUACAUUUUAGGCUUAUUAUAAUGGCAACCUGUACUUGCCAUGGCACAACAUUGUCAAAGGAUACAUGUGGCUUUUCAGGAGGGAAACCAUUGCUAUCUGCUGUCCCCAUCACGUCCUGGUUGUGCUGCCACCGCUUGAUCCAUGACUGCUUAUUUGUCAGUUACCCCUGCUUAUUGUGCAGCUAACCUUUCAUGAAGACCAUUUCACUCUCUGCCACCUGUGCACACCAGCCCAGCCCCCAGCCAUGGGCCUACAAGUCCUCAGUGGUGCAGCAGGCAGAAGAUGUUCGAAUCUCAAUGGCUGCAAAGGCAGAUGAAGGCUGCAGUGGACCAAGAUCCCCAAUUGUCUUGGUUUCCUUGCCAUUGGAUCAAGAUCUCAUUCUGUCAAGCUGAUGCACAGCAGCUUCUCCAUGAUAAAAGAAAUAAUGUACAAGCAUCUUCGAUGGAAACAGUUUUUCCAGCAUAUUCUUUAAGUCCUCCAGUGGGCAGCACCUAGUGAUGAUGGGAGCAGGCCUGUGAGAUCUGGAAGCUCCUAGUUAUGAAUUGGCAUGAUGAUGGCAGUUACAAGAAGGUUGUGUAGCACUUGGAGCCAGGACUGCAAUCUGAUGGUUGUCACUGUAACUGAGCAGCCCUCUUCAGGAUCUGCUCUGCUUGCCCCCCUUGGGAAGGGGCCUAGAAAAAGUUGCUCUGGUUACCUCUUUCCUAACUGCAUAACUGCAUUCAGUGGGAUCCCCUUUGCUGCAGUCAAAAUCAACAAAGAUACGCAAUCAAUUUUGGGACCUGGAACAUCAGGACCUUCACAGACAAUGUUAAUAGCAAAUGCCCAAAGUGCUGCACCACAAUUGUGGCUCAAGAGCCCAGGUGACACAGCAUUGACAUCACUGUCCUAAGUGAGAACAGGUGAAUGGGAGAUGGGCAGCUCAAAGAACAAGGAGGCAGCUAUACUGGAAAGGUAAACAGGAAGGAGAAUGCUGGCUUCAUGGAGCUGGUUUUUGCCAUCAAGAAUGAACUCAACCAAUGCAAUGACUUCCCUGUUAGAAUGAAUGAGCACCCCAAGACUCUCUGUUUUAAACCGGCAGGAAUUCAACAUGUCACUGUCAUCCAUCCCCUAUGCCCUGACUCUUGACCCUGCUGACAAAACCAAGGAGGAAUGUUAUGCCAACCUCGACCAAGUCCUUUUUGGCAUUCCAGAGGAAGACAGACUUAUUCUUUUCAGCUAUUUCAAUGCCAGAGUUGGAAGAGACUCAAACCUCUGGACCAGAAGCAUCAACAAGAAAGGAGUGGAGAAAAGUCAACUCCAACGGCAUACCCCUUUUGACCAGAUGGGCAGAACACAGACUUGCCAUCACCAACGUCCUGCUCCACCAGAAAAAUAGGCACAAAAUAUGGCAACACCUGUGAUCUAAGCAUUGGCACCCGAUUGCCCACAUCAUUGUUCAUGCCUAGGGUGACAGAUGUCUGCAUCACCUGAACUAUGCUAGGAGCUGACAGUUGCUGGACUGAUCGUCAACACAUCUGCUUGGUUAUAUCAUUCAGACUGGCUCCGAAAUGACAGCUGCAGCAGAGGCAAUGCUGACAGGUCAGUAAGGACCCAAUCAAGCACAAUCUCUUUCACCAGUGCCUACGUGAAAACAAGGACAAUUCCAAUCAACAACAGUGGGAGAAUGCCAGCAACACUUCAGAUGCCUUCAAGUCCACUGGCUUCUGCACCUGCAUGGAGACAUGUGGAUUCACUAGCAGGAAACAUCAAGACUGGGUUGAGGAGAACAACCAGGAGAUCCAAGAGUUGAUCGACCACAAGCGCAAGGCCUUUUGUGCUUGGCAGAACAUUAUCAAUUCCAGAUAACAGAACUGAAUCACCAACAAGCAGAGACAGAAGCUCAAAGCAGGACCCGUGGUAUGAGGAACAGAUGGUGGGACAACAGAGCAAAGGGAUUCAACAUCUUCCUGAUGUCCACAAUAUGCAUGUUUUUUUCAGUGCCACCAGAGCCAACUAUGGUCCGAGCACUCAGGGACCAAUCCCCUAAGGAUGGAGGAGACCUGAUCAAAGAAAGGGGAGCCAUCAGCGCCCAUUGGAAGGAGUACUCACAACAACAGCAGUGUUGCCAUUUAUUUCUAGUGGAGUGAACUGAAUUCAUAGUGGAACUGAGGGUUAAAGUCUAUAAUCUGUCACUGGACAUAUAUUGAUAGGGCUGUUGUAUGUGGGAUCACUUGUUGGAUGGACAGUUCGCUAAUGUUGGGUUUAUAGUUAAUAUUUUGGUUAUGGGUUUUAAUGUGUGUUGUUGAACCAAUGUCAUGCGUAUAUGUGUAUUAUAGUUGUUAUUAUUCUUUUUCUUUUCUUUUCUGUAACUAGUUAUAGCUAAAAUAAAGACCCUUAUCUGUGACUUAGGCUGGAGUGGAUUUUGGCAAGGUGAGAGUGAGGAGCACACCUUUCUUUUUGGCGGGACACCUCAGUCAGCCAAGCUGCCUGAGGGAGAGCCCAAAACUAUUGGCACCCUGAGGCUCUUGAAUCUGGUAUAGCACCUGGCCCUGGUGCUGGGGGAGGGUUACAGAAAGAAAGAAAGCAAGCCCUCUUCUUCCACCAUACCUUCAGCUGAAUGCACAGGGUGUUUCUGGAGGUAGAGACUAGUCCUAGGUCUGUCCCUCUGGGAGCCCCUGGGGCACAGUGCCCUUCUGGCCCUUUCUACCAGAUCCUGACAAGUGCAAACCAUUCUAGGGUGAAGGAGCCUGGGGAGUGGGGUUGGGGGCAGAGGGAAUGAUUCUGUGGGGGAAGGAGGCUCCUGUUAUCACACCAUCCCUUCUACCUUUCCUGGAUCAUUCUCGCCUUCCCACUCUUUGUCACUGCCUCUUCCCCCUUCCUCAACACCACAGUUCAACCCAAAGUCUCCUCCACAAAAUCAGGGGCCCAGACCCACCUGGACAUGGUGAUUUUCUCUGUGCUGGGAUUCGAACCCAGUGGGAUCAAGGUCAGAGUGGUGUACAUGGAGCGAGUGCAUGCAAAAUGGAGGCAGGACCUUCCAGGUCCUGGUGAUGCUGAAAACAACCUCCCAGAACAGGACCAUCAACACCUGCUGAGUGGAGCACAUCAGGCUGCUGAAACCUCUUGUUGGGUAAGAGACUGAGAGCCUGGGGAAGCCCCUGAGCCCCUCAAAAAUGUCCUCGGAGUGUGCACCCUUCAAGUGCUAACUCAGGCCAUUUUCUACCCCUGCCUGGAGCCAAAAAAAUCUGGCUUCCUCUGUUCUUGAAAAGGGUGAGGUGGGGUGGGGGGUCUAUCCUUUCUUGGAAAAAUGAGAUAAAGGGUGGGAUUCCCUAAGCUGGCAAAAACUCCCCUGCUAAGAGCUGGAAGGGCCUGAGAGAGCCAGGUGGACCCAAGGCACUUAGACUGAAGGAGCCAGCUCUUUGGUCCCAUCUCAACUCAUUCUCAUUGAUCAGACAGGAGGCAGAAGAGAGGGGUUUGGGGCUGAAGGACUCCCAGCCAGGGUGCAGUGGACAGGGUCUGCCAACAAAACGAUGGGGUGUCUUAGCAAGGCCAUGUGUUUGGCCACAGUGGUGAGUCCCCGGAGUCGUGGGAUCUUUGUUGUGUGCACAGAGAUCGGGAGGCACAGGCAAUAACUCAGCCUGACGCUCACCACAGCCCCCUGCUCACUGUUGUUCUGGCCUGUGCCCAGACACACCUGCCUUCACUGACAAAGAUGGCAGGGGCAGGGCGCACACAUUGCGAGGUGCGCACACCUGGCUUCAGCGCCCCUUUUCCCUAUUUAAGUUCUUCAAAGGAUCCUGGUCUUUUAAUUUCAGAGUCUUAGGAAGCAUCAGUCCUGGUGGAUUUUGAAUUAAAAAAAAAUAUGAAGACUGGUUUUCAGAAAGCAAAUAUUCAAACAUUGGAAAGCAGAGUAAAAAUAGCAGAUUUAAAUUUAAAAAAAAAUAAAGAGACAAUCUCCCUGCCCGAAGGCUAAAACUGCUCCCUGGACUCAGGGGGGUUGAACAGUCCUGGUCUCUCUUCUCGCUGGGAAUGACCAGAACUUGACACCAAUUGGAGACAUUUCUGGUGAGAUCCUGCCUAGGGUGACAAUGGUUAGAGGUGGAGAAGACUUGGAGGUAGGGAAAUAGGGCCUUUCCUCAAGGGAGGGAUCAAUUUUUCCCAGCUCACUCCCUCUGUUUUAUGUUCAUCCCUACCCCCACAGGAAAACCCAAGGUGAAAGCCUCCCCAACAAAAUCAGGGGCCCAGGUCCACCUGGACACACUAAUUUGCUCCGUGACGGGGUUUUACCCCAGCGGGAUCUAGGUGAAAUGGUUGAAGAACAGGCAGGAGCAGACGGCCGGAGUGGUGUCCACGGAGCUGAUGCAGAACGGAGACUGGACCUUCCAGAUCCUGGUGAUGCUGGAAAUGACCCCCCGGAGCGGGGACGUCUACACCUGCCAGGUGGAGCACAGCAGCCUGCCGAGCCCCAUCACUGUGCUCUGCGAGGCGCAGUCAGACUCAGCCAGGAGCAAGAUGCUGACAGGGGUCGGGGGCUUCGUGUUGGGGCUGAUCUUCCUGGUGCUGGGACUCCUCGUCUACCUGAAGAACAAGAAAGUUAUAACUCAACUAAAGAACCCUAUCUGUUACUUAGGCGGGAGUGGAUUUUUGGGAAGGUGAGAGUGAGGAACACACCGUUUUGGCGGGACACCCCAGCCAACCAAGCUGCCUGAAAGAUUGUGGGUACGUGUCUACCAUACAACUGGUCCAAUAAAAGGUAUAUCCUACAAA